AUGGCUCACCUGAGCGACUACGGGAACUGGAUGGGUCAUUUGCAGUCAAAGGGCAAGAAGCCAGCGGAGCGCAGAGGUGUGGCUGCUGAGUCCGACAGUGGGGACGACUACGAGAAUGUGUCCCUGGAGAACUCUCCCAAGCCCCCGCCCCUGCCGCGCGGGAAGAAGGCGAAGGCGGCCGCGCCGAACCGGAAGGACAAAGGAGGAGCAGACCUGGCCAUUUCAGUGAUCUCGGGGGACCCGGUCCUUCGGCCUUCCAAGCUCGGGCUGGACCUGUCGUCCGCAGCCGUGGCAGCUGCCUUCCAGCCCCCGGGAGGAGAUCUUCCCCUCCCUAAACCUGCCUCACGGAGAGGCUGCCCUGGGAGGUCUCUGCUGAUCACCUACGUCCUGCUGGGGGUUUGCUUCCUCAUGUGCAGCGUGUUCCUCGUCCUGGCCCUCAUGAAACGCCCACAGCUGCAGCAGGAGUCAGAGGAGCCGAAUUUCCACCUUCCCCAGAGGGCAGCUAAUGUGUCCCAGAACCGGGUGGAUUGGGAGAAGAUCCGAGCAGAGGUUGCGGCACUGCAGAAAACAGUAGACGCUGUCCAUCUUUCGGUGUCUGGGGAGCUGGCCGCUGUGAAGGCGUCUCACAGUAAAAUGCAAGAGCAGAUCACGGCGUUACAGAAAACAGUAGAUUCUGUCUGCGGCCAUUGCCCAUGGGGCUGGGCCUGGUUCCAGAGAACCUGUUACUACUUUUCAGAGUCUACCAAAACCUGGCGGGAGGCCAAGCAGUACUGUUUGGAUUAUGGGGCACAGCUGGUGAUCAUUAACACCAAAGAGGAGCAGGUGUUCUUGGUGAAGAACCGCCCAAAGUCCCGGGCGUACUGGCUGGGGCUGAGUGACCAGAAAGAGGAAAAUCAAUGGCUCUGGGUGGAUGGCUCCCCUCUGAAACUCAGCUUCUGGAGCAGCGGGGAGCCCAAUGACGCCGGCGACGAGGACUGCGGCACCAUGGCGAUCGACGGCCGCUGGAACGACAUUAACUGCUACAUGACCGACUACUGGAUCUGCGAAAAGCCCUGGCUCUGCUAG